GUUACUCCUCCACACUAGUAGCUUUUUCAUUGCAGUCGAAUGCUUCAACUUCUAUUCAAUCUUCAACAAUCAAGAAAGCAGCACAUCAAGAGGGUUCAUUUCCUUCUUCCCCAUUUCAGUCAUUUCCUACCAUAUAAUUGUCCGUUGUCCUCCUUUACAGUCCACGCUUCGCAGCAAUCUUGUGCAUCAGCUGCGAAACCAACCAUCAAUGAAGCAACUGCGAUUAACUUUCAUGGAAUUGCAAAACAUGUGAUAUCAAUAUGUUCACCUCUCCGUGACAGAAGCAAAGGAGAAACCUCAGUCAACUCUUAUCUCAAAGAGUGCCUCCUUUCGCUUUCUUGUAUUUCCCCAGAAACUGUUCGCAAAUUCUGGAGGGUUCCUGAGUUAAAACCUCAAGAUGUUCUUCAAAUUUUGCUGGGUUUUCAAUGUGGUGGAGAUAAUUUUCAGCUUGAGGCUAAAAAGGUUGAAUCUUUGUGGGGGAUAUUUAGGCGGGCUGGGGAGCAGAGUAAGGGUUUUGGGCAUCUUCCUCAAUCUUACAAGAUCAUGGCCUCAUUGCUUGUCCGGGUUCAGCUGUUUGAGGAGGUUGAAUGCUUGCUUUCGGUGGCUGGAACUAGGGGAAUUCUCUUGGAUGAUCAUGAAAUUUUCAGUAAUUUGAUUCAAGGGUAUGUGGGUGAGCUCCAAUUAAAGAAGGCUGUUUCAAAUUAUGAUAGAAUGAGAAUUCUAGGUUUAUCCCCAUCCUCUCUCUGCUAUCAACACCUUCUCGAGUUCUUGGUUCAAUUAAAUGUGACACAUUUGGCGCCUCAAAUUUUUGCUGAUGCUAUAGAGCUCGGUCUGGGAAAGAUAGUAGCAGAAGGGUCUAUUUAUGGGGGAGUUGUUCGGAUGUUGUGUCUAGAAGGAAAAGUUCAGGAUGCUAGAAUUCUUGUUAAGAAAGUUCUAGCUCUUGGAUUUAAGCCCACUGAUAUAGUUCUCAGUUCAAUGGUCAAUGCAUACUGUGAGAAGAAGGAUUAUGAUGAUAUACUUAGUUUCUUUGUUGAAGCAAGAUGCAUCCCCGAUUUACAUGUUGGCAACAAGAUCAUGCAUUCUUUGUGUACAUGUUAUGGUUCAGAUUUUGCCAAUUCGUUCCGCCUGAAGCUCGAAGGACUAGGUUUUUGUUCCAAUGAAAUAACCUUUGGGAUUUUGAUUGGUUGGAGUUGCCGUGAAGGUAAAAUGAAGGAUGCCUUCAUUUAUUUUUCUGAGAUUCUGUCAAGAAAUCUGAAACCUCAAAUAUAUUCAUAUGACGCUCUUUUGAGUGGGUUUUUCAAGAAGGGUAUGUGGAAGCACUCUCAAGAAAUUAUCUAUGAAAUGAAGGAUCGGGCAGAAGUGCUCCAUAUGUCAACUUUCUUGGUUCUCUUAGCAGGAUACUGUAAAGCUAGACUCUUUCAUGAAGUCAAAGCAACAGUUUCCCAGAUGGCAGACUGUGGUUUCAUCCAACCAAUAUCUCUAGAAGACCCACUUAGCAAAGCUUUUACACUGCUGGGACUUGCUCCUUCUGAUGUGAAGAUAAGAAGAGACAGUGGGUUUGGAUAUUCUAAGGCAGAAUUUUUCGAUAACCUUGGGAAUGGACUUUUUCUGGAUACAGAUAUCGGAAAGUAUGAGACUACUAUGACUGAAGUACUUGAUAAUGCCAUGCUUCCAGAUUUCAAGUCCCAAAUAUUGAAGAGUAUUGGGAGCAAUAAAGACAUUAAAGAAGCUAUUUUAACCGUAUACCAUAUGGGUAAGUGGGGUCAAAUGGUGUCCCUGCCUUUGUUCACAACAUUAGUCAAAGGGAUUUGUGAAUGCCGUGGCAGUAUGAAAACAGUUGUCCAUUGGUCAGAGGAAAACCCUAUCUUUAACUAUCAUCAGCUUGAUCAUGAAACGUUAAAUACACUUGCUCAAGCUUUUGGUAAAAAAGGCUUCAUGCGCAGGGCUCGAAUAAUUGUUAAGGGAUUGAUGAUGAGGCAUCAAAGUGUUGAGAAUAAAACACAUACUGUCCUGUUAAUUGGGCUAUGCAAGAAAGGCGACCGGCGAGCUCUAGCUAACUACUGGCAGCUUGCACAAAGAUAUAACUGGUAUCCUGGUUUGAAGGAUGGCAAAACUCUUCUCAGCUGCCUAUGCCGACAAGGAUUUCUUGACAAGGCUCUAGAGCUAUUUGAGGUCAUGUUAGUGCACUACCCUCACAAGGAAGACUUUGGACUGGUAAAAUCGAGAAAGCUGUCUUUUUGAAAGAUAGUGUCUCAAGAAAACAACCUUCUGCUUUGUUUUAUCUGCACUGUGCUCUAUUGCAUGGUUUUUGCCAGUCUGGGAUGGUAGAUGAAGCAUCAAACCUCUACCAAGAGAUACAUAGACAUAGGCUGUCCUUUGACAUGGAAGCCUAUAAUCCUCUAGUUCAGGGGUACUCUAAAGCUAAAAACUUCAAGAAAAUCGGAGAGCUGUUUGGUGUCAUGAUCCGUAAAAACUUGGAUCUUACACUUGCAAGCUAUCGAAGUUUAAUGAGCCUUAUGUUUGCAGAAGGCAAGCUCUGUCUUGCACUGAGCUUGAAAAUGGUUAUGAUCAAGCAAAACAACCUCCCACACUCAGUGAUAUAUAGUAUACUGAUUUUUCACCUGUUUUCAGUGAAAAAAACUUCAGUUGUGAAUACACUUGUGCAUGAAAUGCAACCCCUUGAAGAAGUGACUUACAAUUUUCUCAUUCAGGGAUUCUCCAUGUGUAAUGAUGCAAAAUGUUCAUUUCAAUAUCUGAAAGACAUGAUGCAAAAAGAUCUGAAGCCAAAUAAUCGCAGUCUUAGAGAGGUUAUAAAAUGCCUUAGCUGCAAUGGGGAGCUAGAAAAAGCUCUUGACUUGAGCAAGGAAAUGGAAUUGAGAGGUUGGGCUCUUGGUUCACUUACUCAGUAUGCUAUGAUUGAAGGCCUUCUUACGAAUGGCAACUUCAGUGAAGCCAUAGAGUUGUUGGACCGUAUAGCACAAAAAGACUUAAUCCCAUCCAACAUAAACUAUGAUGUUCUUAUUAAGCGGUUUUGUCAGCAUGCAGAAGUAUACAAAGCAGUAGAUCUUCUGAACAUAAUGUUAAGGAAAGGGAAUGACCCAGACACUGCCAGUUUUGAUUAUGUUAUUCAGAGUUUCUGUUCUUGUAACAUUUUGGAUCAAGCUCUGGACUUUCAUGCUGAGAUGUUAUGCAGGAACCUAAUACCAAACAGCAACACUUGGAACAAACUUACCCAUAGCUUAUGCAAUGGAGGACGAGUUGCGGAGGCAGAAAUGUUAAUCCAUUCCAUAGUUCAGAUUAGCGAGACCCCAAGCAGGGAAAUGUAUUGUGCGGUAGUUAAUGCGUACCGGUUUGGGAACAAUUUUAUCAAAGCAUCCCAGGUCUUACACAAAAUGCAACAAAAUGGGUAUGAGCCUGACUUUGACACUCACUGGGCUCUAAUAAGCAAUUUGAGCAAUUCCCGUAAUGAAAAUACUGGUCAAAGCAAAUCUGGAGGAUUUUUAUCAAGAUUUCUUUCUGAAGUUGGUUUUUCUCGGGAGAUUCCAAAUGCCAAGAAGGGGUGACAUAGUGUAUGUUUUUUGCACUUAAACUUUUGGAAUUUGUAAUUUUUUCUUUUCAAUGUGCCAUACUGCAUUGUUUAGUAGAAACUGGAUUAAUUCAAUAUGGUGAUUAACAAGUUUUGUAUUUCAUAGAGAUUGGUAGGCCAUUGAAAUGGCACAAUUCCUCAUAUCUUCUAAUAUAUAAAGAGCGAAUGGCUUUGAGCAUGGCCUUUUUGCCGUUAAAAUAACCCUCCAUUUGCUCUCUCCCGUUUGCUGAUGAGCUGCUCAAUUUCUGGGGAAUUCUUGAACUUUUAAAUUUCUAGGGAAGGACAAAUAUGGAGGGAAAGUGGAGGUUUUGGGUAGGGGUUACUAUUAUUUUCAUUGUCAAAUUUGGAAUUCUUGGACUUUCAAAUGAGCUAAAAAAAUAUUUGGUAAAAACCCACCCACCAAAUCAUUCCCUGACAAUCUACGAUUGUAUUGUAAAGCACAUUAUGGUGUUCAACUGUUCAUAUGCUAUAUGUUUGGGUUUCCUUUCAUAUCUGAUUUUUGUGUUGAUUUGAGAUAAUAGAUAACUUUAAUUUUUUAGCUCAGCUAAUCUUGAAUCUUAAAUAUAUGCCUGGUUUUGUUAAAAAAUUCUUUCCUUUCAGGUAUGUUUGAAAUUCAUUAUCAUGUCUUACUUUGAGUUCUAGCUUUUAUUUUCUAGAAAAGAGAAGCUUGAACUGACUUGGGAAGAGGGAAACAGAAUGGUUGAGAGUUGAGACCCUUGAUACCCCCAAUGUCACAUACCUUUGUAUGGCUGGAUGCAAUGGCGUAUCCAGGAAAUUUGGCGAGUGGGGGCAAGCAUGCACUACAAUUUAGUCUCAUAUUUUACAAAUAGCAAAUGCCAUUAUUAAUAUUGUUUGAUUAAAUUUAGUUUAAGAUAUAUAUGUACAAGUAUGUAUGAAUAAAAAGAAGAUUAAUUUAUAUUACGUGUGUAAAGAUGUAAUUACAGAUGAAGUUUGAGAAAAUUAUCUAAAUAUAAGUUAAACAUAACAAAAUUUAGUGAUUUUUUUAGUCUUUCUUUCUUUUAAUAUGAAAGAAAACGUUCUUAGUCCUAUUUUAGAUUUUUUUCUACAUUUAACUCUUAUUUUGAGCAAUUUCUUAUAAACUUUUAGAUAUAUAUAGGGGUUGGGUUGGGGUUGAGUGGGGGCAGCCGCCCCCGCUGCCCCCAUAGUGGAUACGCCACUGGCUGGAUGCCUUGGAUGGGAAACAUAAUAGAGGAGAAUGUGCUGUGGUGGGUGUUUGCAUGAUUGGUGGUAGGUACAGUGCUCAUUUCUCGAAAAUGUAAUAUAUUAAAGCUUUCAGACAUGCAGGGACUGUUUAGGUGUCAAAGUGACCAGUGGAGUAACGCACUUUUAACAUUAUGGAUGGAAAGGGGUAAGCAAUUGGAUGAAAAUGUGUUUAAAGCAUUUUUUUUAGUUGGAUGGCAAUUUCUGCCAUUGCACUGUUUCUCAUUCCUGUUUUUGUUUUACUUUUGGGAGAUAACUUUGACAUUGUUUUUUAUCUGCAUUGAAAUUGUACUCCAGGAUAAAUGUUUUGUAGUGUUUAGAGAGUUCUACCAAACAAAAACAAAGCACAUGAAGCUUAUAUAGAUAUACUCACUGGGUUGUAACAUAUGCAGACACUUUGAGCAGAAAACCAUAGUGUUGAUUGUGACUAAUUUCCAGGUUCUUAAAGAGUGCAUACUUUCAUAAAUUUAUUUAACCUUUAUGAAUGCAAAUUAUCAGGAGUCCAUAAACAAUUAAUAUUAGUGAGCUGAAUAUACCAUAUCAGUUGGGAGGUAUUUUGUUUCACAUUACAGGUAUAGGUGUAUAUAUUAUGAUCAAAGAAUUGGGAAUUUAUGGUAAGUCAUUAUGUGAGCCUAAUAAAAUAAGUCAAUGUAUGAUGCUUUGGGUUUGAUAUGGACGAUUUUAGUAUGGGAAAGUGUUUUUAGUCCAUGUUCCUUUUUUAUUCAAGUAAAAAAACUUCUCAAAUUUGAAUCACUCCAUUUUUACUCAAUUUUCUAGCGGAGUGAUCACUAAAGCUUGAUCACUAACUGCAGUUUGAUAGACUAUAUAAUCUGCCAUUGAUUGUAUCUUUCCUUUCACUAUUACACUUCUAAAGUGAUAGAUUGAUAAAAUUUCCUUAGAUGUCUGCUUGAAGAUACCUUCAGAUGACUUUCGAUGAGAUUCAAUUCCAGAACUAACUAGAAAACUAACCAAAAUACAUGUAUGGCAACCUAAUAUUGAUAAGUAUAAAUAAGUCAUCCGAUCACAUAUCACCUGUUCUGACAUGUAUAUAUGCGAUGAAUUUCGAGGAGUGGAUGUAAUUUUCAAUAUGUUUUUUUUAUGUUUAAACCAAAUAUAGAGAUAACUCCUUGAAAGAUAUGAUGUGUACAUUGACAGGUAUCUGUUCGUGAAGAUACCUUUAGACAGUAAAAAAAACUUAAGUGAACCCCACAAAAGUUAGCUAAAUACUUUUUCCUGACAAUGAAUUUCAAUGUCAUUAAAAUAUAUUCUACAACAUGUUUUUUAACAAAAAAAACACAUGUUUUUAGGCUCCUUUAGACACUAACCCAAAUAUGUUCGGUUUACACCAAACAUCUCUAUAUCUGGUUUAACUCACAGAGAUUGCAGUUUUUGAGAUUUAAUAUCAAUUUUUAUUUACAUCAAAAGUUCAAAGUUUAUUUUGUAAUCUUAGAAUAAUGAAGUACUUAAGAGGAUAUACAGUUCUCACAUAUCAUGUUUGAUAAACUAUGCAUCUCCCCAUGUUUGCUCCAAUUACUUUUUUAAAUGCAACUAGUUUUGUAUGUAAGAUAAGAUACUAUAACAUAAAGUACAUUGUAACAACAAUAUAACAACAAGGUCACCACUGAUUACAUAUAUGUGUGUAGUCAUUCUUUUGUCCUAUCAUCACAGUUUCUACACACAACUCAACAAGAUGUUGAGACCUCCUCCCUCACACCAACACAUUAAAAGCAGUAAACAAUAAAUUUCACACUUCAUUUAAUACUUUUGAAGAUCCUUCCUAUAUAUAUUCUUCACCAAUCACCAUCAUCACAUUCAUCUCACUACCUGCUGGCUGCUGCAAAGGAGGAGAAGGAUAGAGAUCCUUGCAAGCAUUCUUCAUCAUAUUAUCUGCUCCAGCACUUCUUCUCAUUGUCAAUGACCCAUGGCGGCGAAGAGGGAUUGAUUUACCCUGACAGGGUUGUAAAUCCUGUGAUGAAUGUCUCUGCAUGUUGCUGUUGUUAUUAUCAUCACCAUAUUGAGAUGGAGAGGAAUUAUAUGUUCUUCUGCUGAAGCUUGUUAUGUUUUGCCUUAAUGGACUCAGUUAGUGUCAUGUAGUUUGGUAUGUUGUUACUCGGCAGCACCUGUUCUUCGGGCAGAGAAGAAGACAUCGGUGAAUGACUGGUGCUGUCAUUGUUAUACAACUGAUGCCAGGAUGGUGAUGAUGAUGAACACAGCUGAUCGGAUGGAGGGAUUGCUUCUUUUGCUGCUGAAAUCCUGGUAGACAUGUUGUUUCUCCUGAUUUUGACAGAAGAGCUAUUAGUAUGUUCUUUUAUUUGUAAUCUGCCAUUGAUUGUAUAUUUCCUUUCACAGCUACAUUUCUGAAGUGAUAGAAAUGAUAAAAAUUCCGUUUAGAUGUCUGCUUAAAGAUACCUUCAGAUGACUUUCGAUGAGAUUCAAUUUCAAAACUAACUAGAAAACUUAGCAAAGUACAUGUAUGGCAACCUAAUAUUUAUUUUUUAAGCUUAAAUAAGUCAACAGAUCUUUCCAUCAUUUGCAAUGGAGUCAAAGAUUCAUUAUUUUUUGGCUUGAGAAUAUGAUGGAAUAAAGCAAAAUGACUCACUAAACUGUCUGCGCUUCUUUGUUAUGAAGCAGCAGUCAGUCCAUGCAAUUUUGGACGCGAUUUUCACUAUGGGUCAUCCGGAAACAGUCUCUCUGUGCUUUAGUACAAGGCUAAGACUGCGUACAUCCGACCCCCCCUUACCCCACUGUAGGUGGGAGCCUUUGCGGCACUGGGGUGAAUGAAAAUGAAAAAAAUGAAAUAAGUCAUCAGAUCUCACAUCACCUGUUCUGACAUAUAUGUGAUGCUUUCGAGGAUUGGAUGUAAAUCACUCACUGACAAGUAUCUGUUCAUGAAGAUACCUUCAGAAAGUUAAAAAAAAAAAAAAAAUAAGUGAACCCAACAAAAUUUAGCUAAUUACUUUUUCCUGACAUUGAAAUUUCACCUGAAUUUUUUUCAAUGUUAUUAAACUGUAUUCUAUCACACGUUUUUUAGGCUCCUUUAGACAAUAAUCCAAAUAUGUUCGGUUUACACCAAACAUCUCUAUAUUUGGUUUAAAUCACAGAGAUGUCGGUUUUUGAGAUUUAAUAUCAAUUUGACAAUUUCAUUUGCUUCAAAAGUUCGAAGUUUAUUUUGUAAUCUUAAAACAGAACAGAGUACUUAGGAGGAUAUACAAUUCUCACAUAUCAUGUUUGAUAGUUAUGCAUGUGCCCAUGUUUGCUCCAAUUACUUUUUUAAAUACAACCAGUUUCAGAAUGUAAGAUAAGAUACUACUCCCUCCGUCCCCCUAAUAUUGGGACAGAAGAGAGUGGUGUAGUUUAAAAAAAAAGUAGAAUUAUGUGGUUGAUAAUGAGUUGAUAAAGUGAGAAUAAAGUAAGAAUGAAUUAGAGCCGCACAAAUGUUAUGAAAUAUGGUAUGGGACAAUAAUAGGGGGCAUCCAAAAAUUGAAAAAUGGGAUAAUUAUAGGGGGCGGAGGGAGUAUAACAUAAAGUACAUUGUAACAACAAUAUUACAACAAGAUCACCACUGAUUACAUAUGUGUAUAGUCAUUCUUUUGUCCUAUCAUCAGUUUCUAAACACAACACAACAAGAUGUUGAGACCUCCUACCUCACAACCUGCUGGCUGCUGCAUAGGAGGAGGAUAGAGAUCCUUGCAAGUUGCAAGCGUUCUUCAUCAUAUUAUUUGCACCAGCACUUGUCAUUGUCAAUGACCCAUGGCGGUGAAGAAGAUAGGAAAUGCUGUGAUGAAUGUGUUUGCAUGUUGGUGUUGUUAUUAUCAUCAUCAUAUUGAGGAAUUAUAUGUUCAUCUGCUGCAGCUUAUUAUGUUUUGCACUUUUGCCUUAAUGGACUCAGUCAGUGUCAUGUAGUUUGGUGUGUUGUUACACGGAAGUUGCUCUUCUUGGGGUGAUGAAGAAGACAUCGGUGAAUGGCUUGUGAUGUCAUUGUUAUAAAACUGAUGCCAGGAUGGUGAUGAUGAUGAACACAGAUAAUCAGAUGGUGGGGUUGCUUCUUUUGCUGCUGAAAUCCUGGUAGACAUGUUGUUUCUCCUGAUUCUGAUAGAAGAGCUGUUAGUGUGUUGUUCAAGAUUGGGUCCUCCUACUCCUCCAGGGGUGGUUAUCAUCAUCCCACCAGAUGAUGAGUCAGUGUCUCCUCCCGCUGAGUUACUAAACUCCCAACGUUUGCUUGCGACCCAACGAUCAAGCUAGCUAUUUUCUCCUUCCGUCUCCCCUGCUGUCUUUAUCUUUGUUGAACUCACCAGCUAAUUUCUUGUGCCAUAGGGCUUGAGCUUAGAUUGGUUCUUGUCUGCAGUUUAAAAUUAGCAUAAGCAAUGGCUCUCUCAGUCUCUCCCUCUUCAUGGCACCUUCUUGCUUCUUCAUCAACUACACCUUCUUCUACUGUUCCUGGGCUAUUACUCCAUUCUCAGGAGCUUGUUUGAUCGGAUCAAUCAUCUCAGGAACUUAGAAGAAGAAGGAGCUCUAACUCGUGCUUGAACUCGAACAAGAGCCUGCGUGCACCUUGAUGUCACUGCAGCUUGCUUGUUUACCCGUUGACCACAAAUUAUAUUGCCUGUAUCCUCACCACUCCUCUCAGCACCAUCAAUGCCCGUUUUGCCAGAAACUCCUCUCAGCACCAUCAAUGCCCGUUUUGCCUGAAAACCACGAAAAGAAGUCUGGAUCCGAAUUGCAACCCAUUCCUGGUGCGCAGGCCUAACCUAAGUCACCAUUGCGGCAGCCAAAGUGCUAUCGGAUACGAAUGAAAAAAUGGAUCCUUCUGAAUCUUUAUGAUACUUCUCAGAUCUUCCAGCCCUAGACCCGCCCAAUCCAGUCCUCCACAGCUUCCAGAUCCGCCUGAUCAUGUCCCUCUCUCCUUUGUGGUGGUGUUUUUGGAGUGAGAUUUCUGAUAAGCGAUUUGAUCCAAUUUCCAGAAGGGCUCAUGCUUUAACCCAACACAGAUAAUCUCUUUUAACAAACAGAACCGUUUCUCCCUCCUUUUCUUCUUCUGUAAAAUAUAUGAUUUUUUUGUUGUUG